AUGGAAGAAGAAUCCCAGCAGGGGAAGGAGAGGGGAUGCAGGUGCGGGAGGACCAAGUGUCUCAAGCAGUACUGCCAAUGCUUCCGCAACGACAUAAGGUGUACGAGCGACUGCGUGUGUUCCGAUUGUCACAACGAUGGGAAACACGAAGAGAAGCGCAUCGAAGCGAUCAGACACAUCCGGAUGAACAAUCCGAGUGCCUUCAAGGGCACAGCCUUGGAGCUGGAGGACCAAGAAGUGACGACGCCGAAGGGAGGGAAGAAGACGGUCCGUGGCUGUCGGUGCAAGAGAUCGAAGUGCCAAAAGAAAUACUGCGAAUGCUUCAGCGCAGGGAUCCCCUGCACGUCGAAUUGUGUAUGCACUGACUGUGCGAAU